AUGAAACGCUCAAACAGCAACCCAACAAACACAUUAACCAAGCGAAGGUCCUUUCGUGGCUGGUUGAAGAGAGUGACAAUACCCAAUGGCGCUGCCAGUCAAAAAAUUGGGCCAGAUUCUUCACCCAAAGGCGGUGUCUUUGGCAUACCGCUUGAAAUGUCAAUCAAAUACGCAAAAACCACAGUAGGCUAUGUCGACGACGAUGGCAUCAAACACACAAAGGCGGGAGCAAUUCCCAUUGUAGUGGCAAAAUGUGGCUCCUAUCUCAAGAAGAAUGGCCUAGAAACGGAGGGCAUCUUUCGCAUCUCUGGCAAUUACAAACGGGUCAAUGCCCUCGAAUUUCAAUUUGAUCAAAGCGCUAGUACUUACGGAUUAGAUCUGAACUGGGAGGGUUACACGGUACAUGACGCUGCAAGUGUGUUGAGAAGAUAUCUGAACAAACUGCCUGAUCCAGUUAUCCCGUUUGAUUACUACCAAAAGUUCCGUGAUGUGAUGAACAACAACACUUACAAGAACACAGAACACCGUAUCGAGGCAUUCCAGAAACUGGUCCAGUGUUUGCCACCGCCACACCAACAUCUACUGCUCUAUCUACUCGAUACACUCAGUCUGUUUGCAACCAGUGCAUCUGAAACCAAGAUGAGCAUCUCCAAUCUUGCUGCCGUCUUCUGUCCUGGUAUCCUUCGCCAUCCGGAUCACAAUACGCCUGUUCAGUACAAAAUUUCGCAGCACGUCAUUGAAUUCCUGAUUGAAUUCCAAUCGUUAUUCACUAUGCAAUUACUGGCACCAACAAAGCAAAAGAAGUCUUCUACUGUCAGCAGCAGCGGUGGAGAAGUGCCUCCUGUACCUUUGUUAUUACCGUCCUCAUACCCUAAACAGCAACCACCACCUGUUCCUUUGCAUGUCGUAAAUCCAUCUGCUCCCUCUGAGCUAUCUUUGUCCCUCAAAGAACGAAACACUUCCUCCUUGAUUGAGUCACCGUUGGAAAUCAACGCUCCAAAUCAGCAACAAAACAGCAUAGAUGCUGUGACCAGAGAAAUGGCUGCACCCACAAGCGAUGCCACAUCAAAUAGUAACCAGCAGUCCUUCAUGCAGAAGGCAACUAAAGUAACCAUGCCAUACUACCACACCAUGUUGCAAAAACUGACCGAAUUAAGGCAAAUGCUGGAGCCAUGGAUUGCUAAACCCGCAGCCUUCUUGAUUUGCAUUUCAGUGCUUUUGGUCACACUGAUCAUUAUUGCUUACGAAGCCUAUUUGGCUUUUAAGUUCUGCAGCUUUGAGCCCUACUUGUUCUUUGCUGGAUUGGUCUCUUAUUGGGGUCUCUUGUACAAAGGUUUGCCUCCCUCUCCUCCUUCUACACCAGUUGCUGCUGCAGAGAGUCAAGCGCCCGAUGUACCUCAUCAAGCUGUUGUAGACAAAUUAUCAAUGCCAGAUGCAGCACUACCUGAAAGCGCAGAAGAUGAAGACAUGUUCCCUGAGACUGUCAUGGACGCUGAUGCUGAGAAGGCCAUGAUGCAAGAUGAAUCUAUCAUGUCUGAAUGGAGAGAUUUGCUGACAAGAGCCUGGAAGGUGAAUGAAAGCGAUGACUCUGAUACCAAAACCGUCUCAACAGCCCCUGCUGCUGAUGAUAUGGUGUCUGUCAUGAGCAGAUCUAGCCGAUUCAACGAGGAGGAAGACUUUGCCCCAGCUGCUAGCAUCAGCAGUAGCGAAGAGGAAGACAACGAAGAGCUAGGAUUUGAUACCGAUACGUUGGAAAUGUACUUGUCUCAAUACGAUCAAAUUAAACGCGAUGCUGAACUAGCAAGGAAGCUUCAAAUCGAGGAACAAAAGGCAAGGGAUGAGAAUAAUCCUUUUGUAGUAGAGGACAUGGCUAUCGGCAAAUCACGCAGUAUCAAUGCCACCAGCUCUUCUAAAGAAGCUGAUAAUAAUCAUGACAAUGUUACUACGCCCACUGAUGACAAGGAAGAAUGGAAGAUUAGAAUAUUCCCUCGAUAA